AUGACGGAAGAGUUGGAGGCUUUUCGUCGGACUAAUACUUGGGACCUUGCUCCUUUGCCUUUUGGUGUUAAACCGAAGUACAUUCCAGACAUUCUUGAGCGUGCUACUCUCAGUGAUCCUUCCAUUGCUACUACUCUUCUCUCCACAUUGAUGGAAAUGAACUUGAAACUUUGCCAUGAUGAUGGUGAUCCCUUAUCUCAGCCUACUCGAGAUCAAAAACUUGUCGGAGCAUUGGUUUAUCUUCCAGCAACACGUUCGGAUCGCUAUGCAGUACACAUCUUGAGCCAGUUUGUCAGUAGUUUAACUUUCAUUCACUAUGCAGCUCUUAUUUGGGUUCUUCGAUAUCUCCGUGGCACUAUAACCCAAUCAUUAUUUUUCCCUUCAGACUCUUCUUUGUCUCUUCAUGUAUAUUAUGAUGCUGGAUGGGCUGAUGAUGCAGACACUCGACAUUCCACUACUGGCUUCUUUAUUUUUCUAGGUUCAUCUCUCAUCUCUUGGCGUAGUAAGAAUAAAGCCGUUGCCUCUCGUUCUAGUACGGAGUCCAAGUACAGGGCGUUGGCAAACACCACAGUUGAGUUGAAAUGGCUCCACACUCUUCUAUGA